AUGACACAUGAGCAGAUGCUCGACAAUCCCCAGCGCGUUCCGCGUAAUAGUCUUCGGGGAUCUCGGGGACCAGGCGUCGAGUAUGCGGCUGAGCUGGAGAAUCGGGUGCCAAUCAGACAAGAAAAUGUGGAUAAAAUGGACAAACUUGGCCGUCGCGAGUCGAAACUGGGAUUGAGGAGCAUAUUCGGGCGAUCCAAGUCUACAAGAGAUGAUCAAGAGCCGAGUAUCGCGCCGGUUAUAUCGAAGAAGACGAGCUUUCGCACGUCAAUGGCGGAAGUAAACCAACCACCACAAGUUUACCCAUACGAAACCCGUCUACCAACGAACUUCUCAUGGAAGCCGCUUCCAGCCACGGCUGAGGACCCCAAUGCCGAGCAAUUAUCGCACCACACUGCACCACCAGCGACGAAAACGAGGGCCAACCCACGGGCUGGUAGGCAGCCUGACGACUCAAGCGCGAGCUGGUCGUUGCCCCCGUUAUUCAAGGCUUUCCCCCAGGCCGUUCGCCAUGCUAAUUUACCAGCGGCGACCAUCUCUGCAGACGUCAUCUUAAGAAUGAAUGAGAAAAAAAGCAUUUUCCAGACAAAGGAGGAGGGCGAUAGGGCAGAUGGAGCUGGAUACGACCAUCCUGAAGCAGACAUGGAGAAAGUCAAAAAGAAGAAUAAUAAACGGAAUCUGCAUGCGCCUGCGACGAAUUUUGAGUGGACAACUAAAAUCUACGUUUUGGUGACAUCUGGAUAUCUUUUGCAAUACGCUUCAACGGGAACUUAUGACCGCUUGCCGGAGAAGAUACUUCGUCUAGGUCCCUCGAGCGCGGCAUUCGCCACAGAUGCGAUUCCAGGCCGCCAUUGGGUCAUCCAGGUAUCGUCGGUGGCAGAUGUCGAUGAACAUCAAGGGUUGGAGGGCCGGUCCCUAUUCUCAAAACUUUCAUUCCGCCUUGCUGAACGCCGCAGCGCGUCCAAUCUACUCAUGGUUUUUGACAAUGCAGAGGAUAUGGAAGGCUGGAUGGCUGUUCUGCGAAACGCAAUUGAGAAGCAAGGUGGCAGACGGAAACUAUCAGAGACGGGAAAACCCAAGCCUGCUGGUGCCGAUCCAACACUGAGGGAACACGUCGGCCAGCGCACCCUCAUCGUACGAGAUCUAUCCCAAUUCGGGAACUGUGAGAGUAGGGCUAGCCAAUCCAUCGUGUCACCACCAAGAGAGACGAAAAAUAGCGAAGCUUUCACGCGACAAACUGGCACCGACGCAGCUCACCACCGGUCCCUGGAUGACAUCUCCACAACAAACAGCAUAAUGUCUCAAGAUGAACGCCAGCUGGAAAGUCUUCGGGAGAAUUCAAAUCGUCUGUCCGUGAUCUCCUGUGGGCAACGGACUUUUGUCACAUCGAGUGUCUCUUCGCCAGACGGCUCUCCUACGCACGAUAAAUUCGAGGAGGGGAUUUUUCCGCAACAUGAAUCUUCUAGAAGAGCAGAAGUCAGGACGAGGCCGAAUGCGUCGGAGAUUGUCACGAGAAGAGAGUCGGUGCAAGCUACCACUCCUUUCGUUGACGGUAGUCUGGCCCUCAAGGGAAAGAUGGGCUCUGUGCCAACAUGUUUCACCGCACUACAUCCUGGCCAGCCAACUUCCCACGUCGGCGUUAAGCCCACUCCCAACUUCAGUGUGCCGCGCUCGUCUAGUCGCCGUUUUUCAUAUGCAAGGGGCGUGGCGGGUAGUACGGACGACUCUCCAGGCCGUAGACGAGACCGUGACACAUCACACGGAGGGUUUGGCCGAAUACCGCCGACGGCGAUGCUGCCGGCCCACCGCUUGUCGGUGGUGACUGACAAGGUCGUGACACGAACCAUGGCCACAGAGCGGCUACCGACUUCCCCAACACCCACUCCGCUACCAACGUUGGACGCUGGCCAACAGCGACUGCGAUCAGUCUCUCGGGGUAGAGCUGGCAGGCGUGCCGACGACGACGAUGCUGGCUCCGGUGCCCCCCGACAAGGGAUGCCAUCACCAGAGCCACAAGCAACGAUGUUGAAAAACAGACGACCCCAUAUCGCGUCCAUGGUGGUAUUAACUGCUCCAGUCAUGGAUGGACCGCCACGAGGGCAGCGAAGUUCGUUCCUGAACAACGGUGAGAACACGGCCGACAGCAUGAGGAGUCAGUCGUUGGAACCGUCUCGUGCUGCAAAGAGAGCUAGUAUGUGCUCGGUUUGGUCGUCGCGCUCAUAUGAAGUCCAUGACUCAACAGUGUCGAGUAAUCACUCGUCUGAUUCAUUUGCUACUGUUACGUCAGCAUCUCAACCAACAAAUGGCCAUUAUCUGAAUGUUGAAACGACGCCGAGAAGCUCAGCCUUGAUCCGCAGGAGUAUGUCGCAGAUAGCUGUCAGUGGCCCUCCGCCAGCUCCUCCACCAACUCGGGCACUGCCUCCUAUUCCGCAAAAGAUGCAAAUAAGGACCUGA